AUGAACUUGACGUUUUUGCUAAAAAUGAGCUCCAGCUUCGAUGCCAUCUGUCAAGUGGCCCUUCAUCCCCUUAAUCAAAUGGGGAUACUUCAUGGACUGCGUCAACCUGAAUUCCGUAGUGACAUCAAACAGCCACAGACGAAAACCCAGGCUGCUGCGAACUCUGGCUUCUGGACCUUUAUAGUUGAUAACAUUGCCUACGCUCGAGCCAAGUCGGCUGCCCUCAGCCGCUACCAAGUGGACCAGCUGACCAAUGAACAGCGCAACACCGUCUUCUACGGUUUCAGGCAGUUGAAUAGUGAAGAGAUGUUCACUCUAUCGCCGACGCGACCUCCACAGCUUCCCUAUCUCCACAAAGAUCCGAUUAAUGCCAGCAUAAGCAUUAGAGCUUACUUUUCCAGCUGCGUCUCGGUACAAAACCUUACGAGUCGUAAAUGGAGCUCGGCACAAUGUCAG